CGCGUCCUCAUCCCUCCUCCACGAGUCCAGACUCCAAAUCUCUGAAACACCUUGUCUCGGCUAAUUUCCCGACACGUGGAUUCACGAGCGUGCGGGUUAUUACCUCUCGCAUCAACCUUACUGCAGAGUACACCGCUUAUAACCUCUCACAGCCGUGCUAUCCUGUUCUGGUCAUCCCGUAACUUCCGUUGCUGCCCAUCGGAUCUCCUUUCCUGUCCUACCUUCUCUCCUCCGCUCCUACGCCAUGGCGCAUGCCCUAGCCAAUGCCGUCGCGAAGCCUCUGUUACCUCUCGCGAAAGAUCUUCCACAUUCUCAUCGCGAAGCCACUAGUCGCCUCACCUCGAACUCACUCCUUCGAACCGCGAGCACGCCGAAUCCCCCGAAAUGCGGAACCGUAUCUUCCGCCAUUCACUCCCGUACACGGUCCCGGCUAUCCCGCCGCAAUCGGCGGUCGUAUGACGUGGCAGCUAGGGUUUCCGACGAGGCGCGGAAUCCCGCUAGCGGCUCCGCGAGUCCCGCGAAUCCGGCGGCGACCGUGAAUCCCGUCGCGAAUGGCGGCGACGCGAGCGUGGAGGUCUUGGGAAGCAACUCGCGGCGCGUGAGCGCGCGCGUCGUGGUUCCAGCUGGCGCUGACGUGGUGUGGGGCGUGCUGACGGACUAUGAGCGGCUCGCGGAUUUUAUUCCGUCCCUGGCGACCAACGAGAUGCUGCAGCGACGAAGCAACGGCGCCAGGCUGCUGCAGGUGGGCGAGCAGGACGUGGCGAUGGGCAUCAAGUUCCGGGCCAAGGUGGUGGUGGAUGUGGAGGAGGGGGAGGAGGAGCACGUGGCACACGCUUCAAUUGGCAACAGCAACCGCAGCAGCAGCAGCAGCAGCAGCAGCAGCAGCAGCAGCAGCAGCAGCAGCAGCAGCAGCAGCAGCAGCAGCAGCAGCAGCGGCAGCAGCAGCAGCAGUGAGGAGAGCGAUUCUGCAGGCGGAGCAGGCCCUGAUGCUCCGGUUGCAGCAGCAGCAGUGGGUGGGGUGAGGAGGCGGCGCAUUCACUUCAAGAUGGUGGAAGGCGACUUCCAGAGUUUUGUGGGAGUCUGGACUCUGGAGGAUAAGUUCCCUUGCUCACUUGCCGGCCCCACUACCCUUUCCUACUCGGUUGAGCUGACUCCACAUUUUUGGCUGCCAGUGGCGUUAGUGGAGGGGCGUAUUUCGAGGGAGAUUAGAGCCAACUUAGCAGGGGUUAGAGAGGAGGCUUUUAGGAGGCUCCAGCUGGCAUUGGCUCAAGUUUGAAUAUUACGAUGAUAGAACUUGGGAUGGGAAAAUAAGGUGCGAGAAAAGGGCAUAGGAGGCUCUAAGAAAGGGGGUUAUAUAGAUGGCUGUGAGGAGGAGUAAGAUUUAAAGGGUUCUAUGAUAUUGUUUAUUGAUAGAAAAUUUUGACUUCCAUGCCUAUCUAUUUUCCAGUUGUCACUACC